GAAUGGCGGCAGGACUGCUGACGGCCUGCUCACAGAACCCAGUGACCUUCCAGGAAGUGGCAGUGGACUUUUCCCAGGAGGAGUGGGCACUGCUGGAUGCUGCUCAGAAAAGUCUGUACAGAGAUGUGAUGCUGGAGAACUUUAGGAACCUGGCCUCAGUGGGGCAUCAGCUCUGCAAACACAAUCUGAUCUUCAAGGUAGAGCAGGAAGAGCUGAGGACAGAGGAGAGAGGAAUUCCCCAAGGUGUCUCUACAGACUGGGAAACUCAAUUUAAAUCAAAAGAUGCAGUUCCUAUGCAGAAUGCUCCUGGGGCAAAAACAUCAAAUGGCAUAAAAAUGGAAAGCUGGCCAUUUGCCCUUCAAAAACAUGUCAGAACUCACAUCGGACAGAAACUCUGUGAGUGCAGUGAUUGUGGAAAAGCCUUCAUUUUCCAGUCUUCACUUAAGAAACACAUGAGAUCCCACACUGGAGAGAAACCCUAUGUAUGUAAUCACUGUGGAAAAUCCUUCAGCCAGAGUCUCAUCUUAAUGUGCACAAAAAACACACACUGGAGAGAAGCCUAUGACUGUAAGGAAUGUGGAAAAGCCUUCACUGUUCCUUCGUCCCUUCAGAAACAUGUGAGAACCCACACUGGAGAGAAACCCUACGAGUGCAGUGACUGUGGCAAAGCCUUCAUUGAUCAGUCGUACCUUAAGAAACACACACGCUCUCACACUGGAGAGAAGCCUUAUGAGUGUCAUCAGUGCGGAAAGUCAUUCAGCACAGGCUCUUACCUUAUUGUACACAAAAGAACGCACACAGGAGAGAAAACCUAUGAGUGCAAAGAGUGCGGGAAGGCCUUUAGUAAUUCCUCUUGCCUGAGGGUACAUGUGAGAACCCACACUGGAGAGAAGCCCUAUAAAUGCCUUCAGUGUGGAAAAGCCUUUAGCACAAGCAGUAAUCUUGUCAUGCACAAGCGAAUCCAUACUGGGCAUAAAGUCUGAAUGAGAGCAC